AUAUGCAAUAACGCUAAAACAGCAGACCGUUGCUCGUCGUCGAGGUGAGAGUGGUUCUCUAGCUAAUGAAGAUGGCUGAAUGCCCCACCCGCGGGUUGCUCUCCGACGCAUAGCUGGUUCUGUAGACCGGUGGUACCGCAAACGGUUCUGCCAUAGUUGGUGCCCUACUUUGGACUCAGGUUCAGCUACGCGAUGUCUAGCCGUUUCUAUAGUACAACUUGUACCGUUAGUGAUCGCGGUUGGCCUAGGAACGUGGUCUUAGCAUCUUCGUCUUUGUCCAUUCUCAUUUAACUGGAGUGACGGACAAAAGUGCGCGAAACUGCCAUGUGCUCAGGGAUUGUGCGUCUUUGUUUCGCCUAUCAAAUGGAUUCUUGACUAUUUUGGACUUGACUGUGAGAAUCACACAUCGAGUUGAUGGGAGAAAAUGACAUCUUACGGAAUAAUGACCCUGACGCGUGGACCGUGUGAACUUGACAAGAUGAGCUUAUUUCAAGAUUUGAAAUUGAAACGGAGGAAAGUUGAUUCACGCUGUAGUAGUGACGGCGAAUCCGUCGCCGACACUAGCACAUCAUCGCCAGAUAUCGUCAAUCCCACGUCACCCAAGAUGUCCGACACCAUCGUCAACCCUCCUAGUCCGGACUCCACGCCUCAUCAGAUCCACCCCUCCGUCGCCACCCUGGAGAAGAUGUGCCGUCUGGGCGAGUCGGGUGUCUUUGACGGUGGAGGAAUCACCAGCGUCAUCCGUACCUUACCUGUGAUCAGGUCACAGAGCCCUCCAGUGAGACCUGCCACUACAGCGAGUCCGUCUCUGUACCCACCAAGACCUCACAGCUCACCUGGUCGGCCUGCAACCAACCCGGUCAUCAGACAUAGUCCCCUCAUAGUACAACUGCCAGUUUCUUCGCCUAGUAUCCUUUCACACGUCAUCACCAGCCAAGGGUCCAUAUCUCCUUCCUCCACCACUGCCACUAGUAAAUGUAGCGGAGUCAUCAUGAACCAACCUUCACAGAACCAAUUAUGGAUCAAACACUCUAGGUUUAAUGGUAUAGUGAAGCCAGAGAUAAUGAGCAACAAUUUCGCCGCCCCUGCUCCUUUGGAUCAAAGUCCAACAAGCCCUAGCCAUAGAUUAACACCGAAGCCAAACCCAGGGGUAAUUAUGGGAGAAUCUGGUGGGAUACGGACCAUGAUCUGGCCCCAGGCCCAACAGACCAGCCCUAUAUCUGAAUCAUCUCAGCAUCACUCUCUAGCCAGUUGGUCUCCUGGUAGUAACUCCAGUGUUUCGAACACCGAAGAGAGUGCAGCUCAAAUGCUCUUGAAUUUAGGGCAAGAUAGACUUGGCCUUCCAUCCAGAUCUACCUUGUCUCCUCCGUCACUUUCACCAAGGCCUUACACGACGUCACCACUCAACAUGGAGAAGCUAUGGGCGGGAGAUCUUCGACAGUUACCGGUAAAUCAGCAGAUGCAAGCUCUGAUGUCACCUCCAAGCCUACCACCUUUGUUCAGCAUGUCUCCUAUGGAUUCGAAAAUGAACGAGUCUUCGUCUUCUAGUGAUAUGAGAGAGUCGACUGAGGAUGAGGAACAACCUAUGAUCUGUAUGAUAUGUGACGACAAGGCAACUGGAUUGCACUAUGGUAUCAUCACUUGUGAAGGUUGUAAAGGUUUCUUCAAAAGGACGGUACAAAAUAAAAGAAUAUAUACGUGUGUAUCGGACGGGAAGUGUGAGGUCACCAAGGCUCACAGGAAUAGAUGUCAGUUCUGUAGGUUCCAGAAGUGUAUGAGGCAAGGGAUGGUUCUACAAGCCGUUCGAGAAGACAGGAUGCCAGGCGGUCGGAACAGUGGCGCGGUGUAUAAUUUGUACAAAGUGAAAUACAAGAAACACAAGAAAACGGGUGGCAAGCAGGCCUCAGCCAAAACCGCAAUCAAAGCCGGGAGCCCCAACCAGCAGAUAAAGAUCGAACCCCAGACCAGUAUUCCAGCCAGCCUGAUCAACGGGACCAUCCUAAAGACAGCUUUAACGAACCCCAGUGCCCUGAGACAGCGGCUGGAAAGUGCGGUCAGCAGUUCCAGAGACAGGAACUUCUCCUUCGACUACUGCCUCUCUCUAAUACGACCCUUGAUCGAGUGUGAUGACUUUCAAAACGUGGCAACGGUGCAAAAUCUGAAUCAGCUGUUUCAACUCGAGACGCAGAUGGACCAGAGACUUUGUCAUAUCGGCGAUUCCAUUGUGUAUAAACUUGUGCAGUGGGCUAAAAAUUUACCAUUUUAUCCAGAGUUACCAGUAGCUAUUACGACGAAGAUCCUGACUGUUAAGUGGCACGAUCUUUUGGUGCUCACCACGUCGGCGUACCAAGCGAUUGCUUUGCCGGACGACCAUAUCGGCAUCAACGAAAAGAUGGAAAUAAAUUUGUCUAGACUCCAGGUGUAUUUUACUGCCUUGAUCGGAGAUGAUUACUCUGAGUCGAAACUAAGAGAAGACAUUUCAAACGUUUUGAAGAGGUUACUACACAUUAUUCAUACGUUUAAACAACUGAAGCUUACGAUGGAGGAAUACGUGUGCCUUAAAGUCAUUACUCUUGUGGGUAAUGAGAAUUUUCCUGGAGCUGGUCCUGGAUAUAGUGAGAUGGAAUCGGUUUUCGACAAAUAUAUGACAUGUUUGAAAGUUUUCAUACAAAACAUAUUUCCCCAACAGACAAACCGAGUACAAGAAUUAAUGGGUAUCUUACCUGAAGUAAGUUACUUUACCUAUAAGGUAACCAAGAUCCAAGAAGCAGCUAAACAACUCAUGGACAGCAAAAUGUUUUACGUUCCUUUCGUAUUGAACACUGUCGAUCUGAGGUAGUACAAAACCGAAAAUACUGCAGAGGUUGACAUUAGUUAGAAUUUGAGGAUAUUAUUAUUUAAUAUUAUCCCGAAAAAAGAUUAGUUAUACUGAUAACAAACGCACAUACUAUAUUGAUUGUUACGAAGAACUGAUGUAAAAUUAAGAAAAUGUUAUAUGUGGAUAUGACGCUCCUAUACAGGCUGGGCGUUCAAGAAGCAACAACUGCCUAGAGAAAAGAGGACCGAGAAAUGAUCCUUGCUGAACGCCCACGCCCGAUCUAUCGUGACUAUAUAAUAAUAUAUGAAUCAAAAAUUUCCGUACGGAAGACUAAAAGUCAAGAAUGAAAAUGGCGGAUUACAUUAUAAUAACCGCUCUGUAAGUCUGAGUAAGUUGCCUUCGAAUGUUUUUAGAUUGACAACAUCAAAACUCCAUUUAUGAAAAAGAAGAAUUUUCAACAUCACAACAUCAAAUGGUGAGAAAUAGAGUUAAAAAUGAAAUUAUUUAAUUAGAUAUACGUAGGAGUCGAAAUUUUAUAUACCUACCUUCCUUUCUUUCAACUCUAUUAUCUAUGUAUAAAUGUUUAUUUUCCCAAAUCUCUUUUUGAAUCUUUGAAUUCACUUUCUAUUUCUCUGUGUCGUUCUUUUUGUAAUGCAUGUUCCACUAGUUUAUAUUUCACUGUUUAUAAACGUUUUCAGUGAUUACCUUUUAAAGAAUUCAUAGGUUUUUCUGCAUACAUUAUCUUCGUUUAUUUUUAAUUUAUCCUUCAUUAUUUUCCAUGAAUCAGAGUGAAAACGAUAUAUAUUUCUUAAUUUUGAUCUCUGUUUACCAAUCUGUCACUGCCACGCGAAUGUAUUCAUUCCAUUUACUGCCAUUUACAUAGUUUAGUAAUAUUUACUAACGAAAAUUGUAUUUUUGUAAUCCUACUAUACGAUAUCUAUAAGAGGAGAUUUUGUCUACUGCCAAUAUCAGAUACUUAAUAGUUAAUCAUUUAAUCAUUACUGAAAACGUUUAUAGUUUCCUCUUCAAUCGAAGUAUAUCUACGCUUAUUCUUCAUUUUACUAUUUUCAUUUUUCUUAUACCUAGUUCCUUUAUUCUAUAAUUUUUAUAAAUACCAAUAUGUUGCAUGAAAUGAUGAGUGUUUUAAUAUAUUAAUUACUUGUUCAUGUUCUUGUUACCAAAGUUUUUCUAAUGAAUUGCAAUCAAAACUAAAUUUUUGAAAACUUUUUUUUUUUUAAUCAUAAAUAUUGUAUUAUGUAUUUCAAAAUACAUCCUAUGAAAUCCUGUUGAUUUUUUACUAUUGCAAAUACGUUUCUGAUAUAUAAACCUUUCAAUUUGUCUUUAUUUUGUGAUCAUCUAGUCAUUUUAGUGUUUAGGUUCUCAACAUAUACUAAUUAAAUGUAUUUCUAGAAAUUCAUCUCAUCAGUUUUAUAUUUGCUGUAAACUGAACAAGAAAAACGCAUAAAUUUCAAAUCGGGUUUUGAUGUUUUUAAUCAUUAAUAUCUUAUAUAUCUUUAUAUAUUGGGUAGGUACAUAAGAUGAAGUAUACAUAAAUGUAAUAAUAUACAUGAGACAUUGUAUGAAUAUGCAAAAAGAACAUAACAUUCUAUCGAAAAUAUGUAAAUUAUAAAGAAUAUGUAUAUUACUAUUUAUUUGUUCUUAUAUUCAUACAAUCGAUCUGAAAGUGUUGUAUAUUAUGACUGCCAAUUUUGUAUGAAAGUUACCAGUGCUACCAAGUACGUGUACAAAUUAUUGUUCCUUUUUGUUUUGAAUAUGUUGUAUGAUCGUUCAUGUUUCAACUUUCACAAUAUGAAUUCGAUAAUUCUACAUAUUUGUUAGGAAUUAUGAAGAAACUCAUUUGAAAUAAUACAUAUUUCAAUAUUUUUAAGCUUAAAACAUGAAUUUAGUUGCGCUUCCAAUAUUUUUAUUGUAAAUUAUAAAAAUUUUAUUUCCCUCUGAUUACUUCUUUUAACUGUUAUCCAUAAGAAAGAUUUCCAACUUUUCACUACUACCUUCACUCAUUUUUCUAUUUCUGUAUCAACUAAACUUGUAUUCUUCUUGAAAAGAAUCAAAAUAAGUAAUUAGAUGUUUUUUCAAUAAUUAGAUGUUCUUCUCUUCUAAUUACUGGCUUUUUCAGUUUCAAGUAAUGAUCCUUUUAUUUCUCUACUUAAACUUCUUCCACUUUUUCACAUCUGUAUCUUAUUUCUUCCAUUUCUCUUUAAAUUAACAAAUAUUUCUUUUGAGAUUUUUCAAAUUCCACAAAUAUAAAUAAUUGUCGAAUAUUUGGAUUUUAACCAAAAUAAAAGCUUGAAAAAAAUGUAUAUGAGUUAUCAUAUGUGAACUGAAUUUUAAAAUUGUAAAAAUAAUUGUACUUACCGUUUAGAUAAAAUCAGAAUUUGUUGGUAUUACACAUUCACUUCAAUAAGCAUGAAUGCUUGAUUUUUAUGUGAUAUAUUUUGGCAAAUUCUGAUACACAUUAAGAAAAUGUUUACCUGAUGUAUAAACAUCUUUUGAGUUACCGUUAUUUUCUUUAUUAUUAACACUAAGAUUAUUCAAGCUUGUUUAUUAGAAAAUAAAGCAAAUUAUUAUUA